AAGGAAUGCGCGUUGACGUUGUUGACGUCAUAAACAAUGGCUGCAGACUAAUGCUAGUCUUGUCUACCAAAUUUGACCAAAUUAAUAUUUUGAGUUCGAGGAAAUUCAAUAAAAUAUUUUCAACACUUUGCCCAGUUGUGAUCACCUGUGAUCUGAAAAUGUCGGAUUCCGGUCCAAUGUUCCAUCCAUUACGUUUGCUCCCUACUACGAUCUCCCCACCCUAGUUGCACCAGCAGCUGUGGCUUCUGGUCCUCGACCACUGAUUCGACGCAUGUUUUCGUUUUUGCAGUUCUGUUGACAGAUUCAUGGAGUUUUUGACAAAAACUAUAAUGGGAAUGAAGACAGUUUGAAGAUGAUUAUUUGUGGUACCGUUAGGCUAUUGACAGAGGUUUGAACUUGGGAGAGUGAAGGAAAUAUAUACCCAGAUACUAUAUUUUUGACGAUAUUCCACAAGUGUUGUUGAUGCCCACAAUUAUCCAAAAAUAUUCCAUACUUCAAUGGUGAUAUUUGCAUUAACACCUAGGAGUGUUAUUUCAGUCUACGUAUCAUAUAUCCAUAUUCGAAUCUUCUGAUUACCGUAUGAAACGAACGAGGCUAUGUGAAUCUGUGAGCCAUUCAAAACUUUCAAAAUUAGUCAUGGCUGAUUCAGGGGUUGAUCCAGUUGAAAAGGAAACUAUAGAUUUGAAUGAUAAAUAUUGUGGCGUAGAAACAGAAGAAAACGAUGGCCCAGAAUGCGCAGUUUGUCUUCAGCCAUGCGUUCAUCCAGCUCAGCUCCCUUGCCACCAUGUAUUUUGUUAUCUAUGCGUCAAAGGUGUAGCUAACCAAAGUAAAAGAUGUCCAAUGUGUCGCCAAGAAAUUCCCACUGACUUUCUAGAACGGCCCCGAUUGGUAGACCUCGAUGAAAUAGAUAAAAAUUUGGAUGCUACGGAGGAAGAAUAUCGUUGGUUUUACGAAGGCCGUAAUGGCUGGUGGCAAUAUGAUCAGCGAACAAGUUCUGAACUAGAAACUGCCUAUAAACAAGGCAAGAGAUCUUGCGAAUUGCUGAUAGCUGGAUUCCUCUACGUAGCUGAUUUUGGAUGUAUGCUGCAGUUACGUCGUAACGAUCCUUCAAGAAGGAGAAAAAUAAAACGAGAUUUAUUCAAUGUACCUAAAAAAGGUGUUGCAGGAUUAAGAUUAAGUGAUCAGGAGGAGGAACCUAUAGUUAGAGAAAUAAGAGGUGCCGAACGACCAGCUAGUCCUGCAAAUGGUGACGCCGAAACUAAUUGAAAUGGCUUGUGCAAAUUAAUAUUAAUCAACAUUCGCAUAUUAUGUGUGGUCACAAUUCUGUUCCGGAUCACUUUAAAAAUUAUUCCAUGUCGAGAAAUUCUCUAAUCUAUGGUGUUAAAAUCUAAAUUUUAAUUAAUCGUAAAACUAAAAUCGCAUAUUUUUUUAAAGCGAUAUAUACAUAUGUAUAUACCACAUACAUGCUAUAUAUUAUAUAUAUUUAUAUUUGGUGUGUGAAUUAUAAUUUGUAUAAGUAAAUUCCAUUUAAGCCUGUGUACUCGUAUAAAUUAUAAGAUAAUUUUCGAACUCUUUCCAUCCGUUCACUACGAAAAUAUUCCGAGCUUUCGUGUUGCCUCUUGAUUAUCAAAAACUUUAAAAAUAAUUCCACACAAAGUAAACAGACGGCGAUCUAUACAUGUUACGAUUACAUUAGGUUGCGUGAUAAUUUCAGGGUAAUCAUGAACACAAAUACAGAAAUUACCGUUUCAAACCUGGCAAGAACAGUCUAUUUAUUUAAUGAGGUUAUUGAAUACAGAAGAUCUUUAGUUUUUGUGAAAACCUGUUAGAACAAUUGUUCAUGUUUUUCGCAUUACAUUGAUAUUGCAUUAGAAAUUUGUCACCAUGAUCAAAACAAAAAAUUAUAUAUGUAACUGUAUAUGGAUCUGAUACUUUAUGCAGAAACAAAAAGUAUGUUCGAUAUCAAAUAUAUCUUGCUCGGAAUACCGACGGUUUCAAUUUCCUGUUUCUUUCGUAUAAUAAGUUAUAAUAAAAUCAAUUAUCUCAGUGAUCACUCGUCAAAAUGGCAGCUCCAAAGAUGGUCAAAUUUUGUUGAAAGUAACACAAGUCAUAUUCAUAUAUGUUAAGAAAAUUGAUACUUUGCUUGUCUUAAAAAAAAACCUGAACGAAUGGUGCAAAUUCAUUACACAUGAAAAAAAAAAAAACAAAACAAAAAGAAAAAGAAACUGAUAUAUCGAUGCACGAUUACAAAUUAACAUCUGUCAAAAGAUAAUAAAUAUUUUUCAUUUUCACUAA